AUGGCCGUCUCAUCUACGAUAUAUCAGAGAUGCCGAUCUGUGCUGGAUGGGUUGGCAGCCGUACCAGGUUGUGCUUCAUUUGGUAUUCAACGUCUAUCAGAAACCAAUAUCAGUGAUGGAUCCAAAGCCGAGAUGAACGAUGAUUACAUUCCACGACCAUUCUACCACUUGUGGAAGCUCUGUAGAGAUGGCGCAAUCCUCAAUCAUCUUUGCAAUCUUCUCGAACCACAACAUGCAAUUGACGUACAAUCAUGCAAAAAACACAAAAAGCCCGUGUAUCGAUUCAUCAUCGUUUGCCAAAAUCAUCUCAACCUUAGAGAAGAUGAGCUUUUUACGGUGUCGGAAAUGUAUAAGGAUAACACCAAUACCUUUGUCAAGGUUGUCAAUACUUUGAACAAGCUGCUGAUCCUUUUGAAUGAACGAGGAAUACUCACCUCGGAGUAUCCUCCACCCACCAAAGAACGCCCAACCCCGUCAUCGUUGCGGGAUAAGGUCGUUUUUGAGCUGCUUGAUACAGAACGUAAAUAUGUUCAUGAUCUUGAAACGAUGCAGAAUUAUGCAAAGGAGCUUGGUAGUAUCUUAUCACUGAAUACAGUGCACCACAUAUUUAGUAAUCUCAGCGCCCUUGUUGAUUUCCAAUUACGGUUCCUAUUGUACGCCGAGUAUCAUGCCGAGUUUCCAAAUCAAAGCAGCUUUGGGCAGUGCAUUGUAAAUCUUGAAGACGCCUUUUCUGUAUACGAGCCUUAUUGUGCAAACCUACAACAUGCACUGGAUCUCGUUAUCCAAUGGACUCCUCAAAUGACCAGCACUAGUAUUGAGCCCACGUAUGAAUUGCCAUCAUUCCUCAUCAAGCCUGUACAACGUGUGUGCAAAUAUCCACUCUUGAUGGAGCAACUCAUCAAAAAUACACCAGAGGAUUGGCCCCACUAUAAGGAUCUUGAGCAAGCUAUGGAAGCUAUUCAACGAGUGGCUUUCAAGGUCAAUGAGACAAGGCGUACGCAAGAAAACAAACAACGUGUCAAGGAGCUCAAAGAACGUGUAUCGGAUUGGCGUGGGGUGACCGAUGUCGAUAAACAAUGUGGUGCCUUGUUGCUGCAUGAUCGUGUAUACAUUCAUCAAUCAAACAACAUACCCCGACAAGUGGCAGCACAUUUAUUUGAAAAGACAAUCGUGCUAUGCGUCGAGUCGACAAAAAAGACAAAGAAGAAAAAGGAUGGCAUGCUGGACAUGCUAGGACUUAUAGGCUUUGGAGGUAUUGUGCAGGUGAUUGAUAGCAACGAACUUGGGAAACCGUUAUCAUUGCAAAUCUUUUUUUCUUCCGUCAAAGAUGGUCAAUUCGAUCUCGAAACGUUCACCAUGGAGUUUCUAAACGAUGAACGACUUGCUCAGUGGGAAACAGCAAUUAAAAAACAGGCACAAAAGGCGGCAAAGAAACGACCCUUGACUCGAUUGGUGAUUGGAUCAUCGCCUGCCACACCAAUUCCUCAGCAGCAACAGCAUCUUGCAUAUCAGCAACAACAACAACACCCACCAACGCAGGAAUAUGAUCAUGAAUUAUUGUCGCCCACCUUUGUGUCAUAUGCAUCAAUGAAUAGGCUUCCUAUACGAGGACCUUAUUAUGAGCAGUUUGGUGACAUGCUGAGUGAGGAAUCGCAUUAUUCUUCUUCCAUGGCAACCUAUCACCAUGGCAACGACACACUUCCAUCACCUCCAUCACCUUCAUAUUCGACAUCCCGAUUACACGCGCAUCAAUUGCCACCUUCACCACCUCAAACAGGUUGCGAUCCAGCUGCAUCACCAUCUAUGGCGAGACAUCAUCACUAUUAUCAUCAUCAUCAUCCAGGACCACUUUCACCCAUGCCAACAACCCCAACUCCUUUUAAUCGGCAAGAGAGUACAUAUGAUGGUUUUAAUGGUGGUAUCCGUAAUAGGUCACAAAGCAGCCCUAAUCUUCAUUUUCAUGCACAACCACAACAACAAUACCAAAAUAAUAGCACUGCACCCAAAGCAGUACGCACCAGUUCCACAGUCAGGGUGAAGCUCCAUUAUAGUCGUAAUGGUACCUUUGUCUUUUAUGCGCCACGAAACAUCAAUCUUCAUGAUCUACGUGUGUUGGCCGAACGCAAAACCCGUGUCAACAAUCUUGGCGGUGACUAUCUCAAGUUUCGUGACGAGGAUGGUGAUCUCGUUACCAUCAAUAGCGAUGAGGACAUUGCCUUGGCCUUUGACUCGGCACCUAGUGAUGAUGCUGCUGUCCAUCUUUAUAUUUCCUACUCUUCAUAA